CUGCCCACGAGCGUUCCAAGAUGGCCUCACAUGGCAUCCGUAGCCAUGUUGGCUCAUGCGUUUUCUGCUUUACAGAACUUUGGCAGAGCGCAUUGUCAUCUUGGUAAGUUCUGGGGACAUGUACCACAAUUUCCGGCCCGCCCCUUUGAACAUGUCAGUGGUUCCUGGGUUGCAUCUCUCGACGUCGGGGAGCAGGUGCCUCUUCCCGCCGAAGCCAGACGACGACACCGCCGCGUUCUCGCAAAACCAAGGUAAGCACCAGUGUGACCUGGGUAACUGCACCACGUCGGCCGACGGCGAGAGUCUUGCGCCUGGCGAGAGCGAGCUGUCAGAGGUGAGCGAGGAUGUGGCCUGCGUUCGCAUCGAGCCCACCUCUCAAAUCUACAGCGAACCUUCGUCGCCAUUUGACAGCAUGCUGCUGAAGAGGAAACGCCAGCGUGCUUUGCUGCAGGAGGCGAGCCACGAGAAAGCCGAGGAGCCCGGCGUGAUGAAGGCUUGCGAUUUCGACGGUUCGAACUACUGUGAGCUCAGCUCGCCGCUCGGCAGCAUGCUGGUGAAGGCAAAGCGCCAAAACGCGUUCAACCAUGCCUUCCUGUGGCUUUGACUAGUUUGUGGUGCGUGACGGGCAUGCUUUCUAUGUUUGAUGACAGGGUUUAAGUGUCGUCGCCCAGUCUGUGUGAAGUGAAGAGAGAUAUUUGCCGUAGUUUCAGGCCGGACGAGAGUUCCACGCAGGAAUAUUGCACGCGGUUCGCUAUGGCGUAUUCUGACCGUCCAGGUAUCCAGCCGUUGUUGCCAAUGACCCCUUUUGUCUUCUAGUGCUCCUUGGUUGUCUCGUUAUUCCUUCCCCUCUCCGUCCCCCUACUUCUUCCUGUCCCGCUUCCCCUUCCUGCCGUCUCGCAUCCCGGGCCGCUUAUGUGUUCUUUACAUGUACCAUCCGCAGUAUGGGCGUUGCGGGGUUGUGGG